ACGUUUCCAUGUCUGUAACAGAGCUACUUCUCUUGCUUCCCACAGCAAUUGUAGCUCUUAUUAUCUCAUGGAAUUUUAUCAGAACCAAGAGAAGAAGAACACAUAAUCUUCCACCGGGAAAUAUGGGUUGGCCUUUUCUCGGCGAAACAAUUGGUUAUUUAAAGUCUCACUCUGCUACUUCUACCGGAAAAUUCAUGGAGCAACACAUUUCAAGGUUUGGAAAAAUAUACAAAUCGAAUCUAUUCGGUGAGCCUACAAUAGUAUCGGCAGAUGCAGGGCUUAAUCGAUAUAUAUUACAGAACGAAGGAAGAUUAUUCGAAUGUAGUUAUCCAAGAAGCAUUGGAGGGAUUCUUGGGAAAUGGUCGAUGUUGGUUCUGGUUGGAGAUAUGCAUAGAGAUAUGAGAAUGAUUUCUCUCAAUUUUAUGAGCAAUUUUAGGCUUCGAACUCAUCUGUUACCUGAAGUCGAGAGACAUACCUUGCUGGUUCUACGAUCUUGGAAGGAGAAUUCCUUGUUCUCUGCUCAAGAUGAAGCAAAGAAGUUCACUUUCAAUUUAAUGGCGAAACAUAUUAUGAGUAUGGAUCCAGGGAAGCCAGAAACAGAGCAGUUGAAACGAGAGUACAUUACGUUCAUGAAAGGCGUUGUUUCAGCUCCUUUGAAUUUUCCUGGUACAGCUUAUUGGAAAGCCUUACAGUCGAGAACGACUAUUCUUAAAGUAAUCGAGCGUAAAAUGGAGGAAAGAAUCCCGAAGAGAAAUGAUUUUGAUGAAUGCGAGAGAGUAGAAGAUGAUCUUCUUGGUUGGGUAUUGAAGAAUUCAAACCUUUCUACAGAGCAGAUUCUUGAUCUCAUACUAAGCUUGCUUUUUGCCGGUCAUGAAACUUCUUCUGUUGCAAUUUCUUUGGCUAUCUACUUCCUGCAAGGUUGCCCCAAAGCAGUCGAACAAUUAAGGGAAGAACACGAUGAGAUCAGAAGAGCUAAGCAAGAACCUGGAGAUUUUGGAUUGAAUUGGGACGAUUACAGAAGAAUGGAGUUUACACAAUGUGUUAUUAAUGAAACACUUAGGCUUGGAAACGUGGUUAGAUUCGUACACAGAAAAGCUCUCAAAGAUGUUAGAUACAAAGGGUAUGACAUUCCAAGAGGGUGGAAAGUUCUUCCGGUGUUUGCUUCGGUUCAUCUGGAUCCUUCGAUGUAUGACCAGCCUCAACACUUCAAUCCAUGGAGAUGGCAGACCACUGGUGGUAGGGGAAGUGCAUCAUCCACUCCGAGCGUGACGACGAGCAACUACUUCAUGCCGUUCGGGGGUGGACCACGACUUUGCGCCGGCUCAGAACUAGCCAAGUUGGAGAUGGCCGUGUUCAUUCAUCACUUGGUCCUCAAUUUCCAUUGGGAAUUAGCAGAACCUGAUCAUCCUCUUGCCUUUCCAUUCGUCGAUUUCCCCAAAGGCCUCCCAAUCAAGGUCCACCACCUCCACAACCACAACCACCAUGAUCCAAUACAAGAAUAACUAUACUCAUGAAAGCUCAGUUCUCAUUCUUAUAAGCCUCUCAAUGUACUGGAUAUCAAACGACAAAAAAUAGUUAAAGAGUGGCGAAUAUCCGAAACCGAUAUCCCUCUUUUGUAUGUAAAGAGACAAGAGAAAA